UUACAAACACAAACUGCAAAAAAAGGAUUAGCAAUUUGGCAGUCAUUUUUCUGCAGUUUAGGCGUAACAGUUUGACUAUUUUGUUUAUUAAAUUAAUAAUUAUUCGGUAAAGGCAACGCAGCAGGAUAUAUCUUUCGUCUUUCGUUUUCUUCUCCUUCAUCCCAUUUUCUCUUCUUUCUCUCUCUAACUCAAACCCCUCUCUCCAUAGUUGUCCCUCUCCUACAGCUCAUAUCUCAAUCUCUCUCUACAAUCUCCAUUUCCAUCCAUGAAUUGACCCUCUUCAGGAGUUUUCACUGUGAAAUCUAUGUGCUUGAUAGACGGAAAUGUUUGAUUGUAGUUUUAAGUCGCAAUACUUGGAUGGCAAAAGAGAGAAGUUUGUGAGAUUGGAUGACUUGGACUCUAGGUUAUCCUCGCCAUCUGAUGCAGGGGGGAGAAAAUGUGGAUUUAAUAUUGAGGGAAUAGGCGGUUCUCGUCAUGCGAGGGAUACAUCAUUUAAGAAAGGAAUGAGAAAAGGGUCUGAAGGACUAAAGUCAAUUGGUCGAUCACUCCGAUUUGGGGUUUCUCGUGCAGUGUUCCCCGAAGAUCUUAAAGUAUCAGACAAAAAGAUAUUUGAUCCUCAAGACAAGUUUCUGCUGCUGUGGAAUAGACUUUUUGUCGUAUCAUGUAUUUUGGCUGUAUUUGUGGAUCCUUUGUUCUUUUAUCUUCCAAUUAUAAAUAGCUCAACAAAUUGUCUUGGCAUUGAUAGAAACUUAGCAAUAACAGCAACAACGCUGCGGACACUUGUCGAUGCUUUCUAUCUUAUUCACAUAGCUCUCCAAUUCCGAACAGCUUAUAUUGCUCCAUCAUCUCGAGUUUUUGGACGAGGUGAACUUGUGAUAGAUCCUGCACAGAUAGCUAAGCGAUACUUGCGGUGGCAUUUCAUUAUUGACUUCUUAGCUGUGCUACCCCUACCACAGAUUGUGGUUUGGAGAUUUCUUCAGAGAUCCAAUGGGUCAGAUGUGCUUGCUACAAAACAAGCAUUGUUUUUCAUUGUCUUGCUUCAGUAUGUUCCAAGACUGCUUCGAGUGUUACCUUUAACUUCGGAACUCAAAAGAACAGCAGGUGUCUUUGCUGAAACUGCGUGGGCAGGUGCUGCGUACUAUCUGCUGUUGUACAUGCUCGCUAGCCAUAUAGUUGGGGCCUUUUGGUAUUUAUUAGCUGUGGAACGCAACGAUACAUGCUGGCAGAGGACCUGCAAGGGGCAGCUUGGAUGUGAUACAAAUUACUUGUAUUGUGGCAAUCAACGCAUGGCAGGUUAUGAUGAUUGGUUCAAAGACGGAAAUUCUACUCUCAAGACGAAGUGCUCAGCAAAAGGAGAUGAUACAGAAUUUGAUUUUGGAAUCUACAAAAAUGCUUUGUCAUCUGGGAUUGUUUCAUCGAAGAAGUUUAUUUCUAAAUACUGUUACUGCCUGUGGUGGGGACUGCAAAAUUUAAGUACACUUGGACAGGGGCUUCAGACCAGCACAUAUCCUGGAGAAGUUAUAUUUUCCAUUGCACUGGCUAUAUUUGGACUCAUCCUCUUUGCUCUUCUCAUUGGCAAUAUGCAGACAUAUCUGCAGUCCCUUACCAUACGGCUUGAGGAAAUGAGAAUCAAAAGGCGUGAUUCAGAACAGUGGAUGCAUCAUCGGUUGCUUCCCCAAGAGCUCAGGGAGCGGGUUAGGCGAUAUGACCAAUACAAAUGGUUGGAAACACGUGGAGUUGAUGAAGAAAGUCUUGUUCAAAGUCUGCCUAAGGAUCUAAGAAGAGAUAUCAAGCGCCACCUUUGUAUUGCUUUAGUGAGGAGGGUUCCUCUCUUUGAAAAUAUGGACGAGAGGCUGCUUGACGCCAUCUGUGAGCGAUUGAAACCGUGUUUAUUGACGGAGAGUACUUACAUUGUUCGGGAAGGGGAUCCAGUUGACGAGAUGCUUUUCAUUAUUCGUGGCCGCCUCGAGAGUAUAACUACUGACGGAGGGAGGAGUGGGUUCUUCAACCGCAGUUUACUCAAAGAAGGCGAUUUUUGUGGUGAGGAGCUUCUGACCUGGGCACUGGAUCCAAAAUCUGGCUCUAAUCUCCCGACAUCAACUCGGACUGUGAAAGCUUUGACAGAAGUAGAGGCUUUUGCCCUUAUAGCCGAGGAGCUCAAAUUUGUGGCUAGCCAGUUCCGGCGCCUCCACAGUAGACAGGUUCAACAUACUUUCCGAUUCUACUCCCAGCAAUGGAGAACCUGGGCUGCUUGCUUCAUCCAAGCAGCAUGGCGCAGAUAUGCCAAGCGAAAGGCCAUGGAGCAGGUUCGUCGUAAGGAGGAAGAAGAAGAAGCAGAAGGGGCAAGGGCCAAUGCCAGUGGUGCUACAUAUAGUCUUGGCGCCACCUUCUUGGCUUCGAGGUUUGCUGCAAAUGCUCUAAGGGGAGUUCAUCGAAACCGGAAUGCAAAGACUGCUAGGGAGUUGGUGAAACUUCAGAAGCCCCCUGAGCCCGAUUUCACUGCUGAAGAUGCAGAUUGAUAUUGUAGUGUAUAAUGACACAUUUUAUAUCCACUGAUAGCUAUUUGCUCAAAAGAACAAACAAGAAAGAAUGUACUAAUAACAAUGUAUUUGUUAGUAUGGGUGCAAAAUUAUGUAUUAUACACGUACACGUUUCAUUACUUGGUAUUUGUGAUUGUGAAGUUUGCUGAAAGCAAUUCUAAAGAUUGUGUUUUGUUGUAAA